CCCUGGGUCGGGGUCUCCGCCUGCCUUCCGGGGAGCCGCCGCCGUCGCUCGCCCUGCUGGUCCGCUGAGGCGCCGGCCGCGGGGCCAGGCCUCCCGGGGCCGCCCGGGCUCAGCAUGCCCGGCGUGAAGCUGACCACCCAGGCCUACUGCAAGAUGGUGCUGCACGGCGCCAAGUACCCCCACUGCGCCGUCAACGGGCUGCUGGUGGCCGAGAGGCAGAAGCCGCGCAAGGAGCACCUGCCCCUGGGCGGCCCCGGCGCCCACCACACCCUCUUCGUGGACUGUGUGCCCCUCUUCCACGGCACCCUGGCCCUCGCCCCCAUGCUGGAGGUGGCCCUCACGCUGAUUGAUUCCUGGUGCAAAGACAACAGCUAUGUGAUUGCCGGUUAUUAUCAAGCCAAUGAGCGGGUGAAGGAUGCUAGUCCCAACCAGCUUGCCGAGAAGGUGGCUUCCAGGAUAGCCGAGGGCUUCGGUGAUACGGCUCUCAUCAUGAUCGACAACACGAAGUUUACCAUGGACUGCCUGGUGCCCACGGUCCACGUGUACGAGCACCACGAGAACAGGUGGCGGUGCAGAGACCCUCACUACGAUUACUGUGAAGACUGGCCUGAAGCCCAGAGGAUCUCGGCCUCACUGCUGGACAGCCGCUCCUACGAGGCCCUCGUGGACUUUGACAACCACCUGGAUGACAUCCGGAAUGACUGGACAAACCCUGAGAUCAACAAAGCCGUCCUCCACCUGUGUUAGGGACGGCCUCGGACUGGGCUUGGGCGCAUCCUCCCGAGAAGAGAGCGGAUUUAAAUGUAAAUAGAGUAGCCUCUGGCCUGGGUGGGAAGCUGGCACGUCACCCGUGUCCAGAAGGAGGGCAGGGUGUCUACACAGCUGCCUUUUUACUGCAGUCUCUUGGGGAGCACCGGGUCCCUUUUUCUGCCCCGUGGAGCCCCUCCUGACUGUCUAUUGCUAGAAUCUUCCAAAUCAAAGCUAUUUCUGCUUGUCUGAGACGUUCCUAUUAAACCAUUUUAACUAGC